GAAGCAGGCCGGCGGGAACGCCCUGCCGGGUGGGUGGGAAAGGCCGCGAGCGCGCCCCGCACCGCCCGUUUCCCAGGCCCGCCGCGGCGCGGAGCUGUCACUGCGGCAAACGCGCCGCCUCCCCCCGCCGCCCGCCUCCCGGAGCCCAGAUUCAGGAACGUGCCGCAGCCCGGGUCCCUCCCUGCGCCAGCGCCCCACCCGCGCCGGGGAGGAAACGGGGGCUAGCGCUCUCCGGGGGGACUUGAGACGCUGGGUCCCCAGGGCUGCUAGGUCAGGAGGCAGCUGCCACUGAAAAGCAGUGAUUGAUUUCAAGACAGUAAGCAUCAAGGGAGUAGCCAGAGGUAUUGACUGAAGCUUAAAUUACCUAAAUGAUACAUUCAAAAGAAAAGAAAGAAGAAAGGAAAAAGGAAAAAGUUCUUGUGACUGAUAAUGAUUUCCAGCUGCCAACGAAGGUUGUGGAUCCCAAGAGAAAGGUAACCAUUUCUCACCCUCCUGAGUGGAAUUGGCUGCCUCUGGGAGUCCACAGUGGCUGGCAGGAGAGAUGGCUGAAUUAGCAAGCUAUAAGGAUUCUGCCUCCAGCCGCCACCUGCGAUUUAAGUUACAGAGUCUGAGCCGCCGGCUCGAUGAGUUGGAGGAGGCCACCAAAAACCUCCAGAAAGCCGAGGAGGAGCUCCUGGACCUCCAGGACAAGGUGAUCCAGGCGGAGGGCAGCGAGUCCGGCAUGCUGGCUGAGAUCGAAGUGCUGCGUCAGCGGGUGCUGAGAAUUGAAGGCAAAGAUGAAGAAAUCAAGAGAGCAGAGGAUCUGUGUCAGCUGAUGAAGGAGAAACUCGAAGAGGAGGAAAACCUUACCCGGGAGCUGAAGUCGGAGAUUGAGCGGCUUCAGAAACGCAUGGCCGAGCUGGAAAAGCUGGAGGAAGCCUUUAGCAGGAGUAAGAAUGACUGUACCCAACUCUGCUUAAGCCUGAAUGAGGAGAGAAAUCUGACAAAGAAAAUCUCCUCAGAGCUGGAAAUGCUCAGGGUGAAGGUGAAAGAACUGGAAUCUUCUGAGGAUCGGCUGGAUAAAACUGAACAGAGUUUGGUGUCGGAGCUGGAGAAGCUAAAAACGUUGACUCUGAACUUUGUCAGCGAAAGAAAAUACUUGAAUGAAAAAGACAAAGAAAAUGAGAAGUUAAUUAAAGAGCUCACUCAGAAACUGGAACAGAACAAAAAAGUGAACCGAGAUUAUAGCAGGAAUGCUUCAAAUCUUUUGGAAAGGAAUGACCUGCGGAUCGAGGACGGCAUCUCCUCCACGCUGCCUUCCAAAGAGUCAAGAAGGAAGGGCACGCUGGACUACCUGAAGCACGUAGAGAAUGAAACAAGAAACAGGUCAGAAAACGAAAAGAACCGAAAUCAGGAAGACAACAAAGUCAGAGACCUGAACCAGGAGAUCGAGAAACUUAAGACACAGAUCAGACAUUUUGAGUCUCUGGAAGAAGAGCUGAAGAAAAUGCGGGCCCGAAAUAAUGACCUUCAGGAUAACUACCUGACCGAACAGAAUAAAAACAAGCUCCUCGCCAGCCAGCUGGAGGAGAUAAAGCUGCAAAUCAAGAAACAGAAAGAGCUAGAGAAUGGGGAGGUGGAGGGGGAAGACGCCUUCCCGAACAGCAAGGGCAGGCACGAGAGGACUAAGUUCAGAGGCCACGGGAGUGAGGCAGCAGUGUCCAAGCACGCGCCCCGAGAACAGUCUCCUCAGCACAAGCACAGGGAGAGGAUCCGCAGCAGGGAGUUUCUUCUCAGCAAUGAAAACUAUUCUCUGAGCAACAGGCAGGUUUCUUCCCCCAGUUUCCCCAGCAGGAGAGGAGGAAAAACAUCCAACAUGGGGGCAGGAGCAGACAAUGGGACUCAGGAGACAAAGAGGACUGAAGACCGAUUUGCCUCGGGCUCUGCUCAGAGUGAAGGGAAGAAGUCCAGGGAGCAGCCCUCGGUGCUUAGCCGCUACCCACCAGCAGCUCAGGAGCACAAUAAAGUUUGGAAGGGGGCUGCCAAACUGGGCACGGAGAGUGGGCUGAAGGGAAAAGUGGAAAAGACAACGCGAGCAUUUGGCGACUCCACCCAUGGAUCUGUUCCCGGUGACGUUUUGGGUAGAGCUGACAAGGCUUCCGACGCCGCCUCUGACGCCCUCUAUGGCAAGAGGGGUCAAGGGUCUGGCAGUGGAAGUCAGAUAACUCAGGCCACUGAAUCGAGCAGUUCUAAGGCCGUCGGAGCUCUGGCCUCUUCUAAAAGAGCUUCCCCAGAAGGGUUUCCUAAGGGCAAAAAAGCGCCCAAUGGACUGGAGGCUGAUACCGGUUCCCCAACUUCCAAGACACCGCCUUUAUCAAAAUAUCCGUUUAGCUCCAAAGGCCAAGAGAACAUCCUUCAAGGCGGUUCAGCCUCAAAUAAAGGACUUGAUCAGCCAGUAGCGGUCGUGACGGAAGACAGCAGCCAGCAUGAGGCCUUGAGGUGUCGAGUCAUCAAAUCCAGUGGCAGAGAGAAGGCCGACUCAGAUGACGACAUGGAUGUGGCCUCUCUCGUUACUGCCAAGUUGGUCAACACAACCAUCACCCCCGAGCCAGAGCCCAGACAACAUUCCAGCUUGAGGGAAAAAGGCAAACCCCGUGGGGGCCUUCGAACCGCCCUGUUUGAGAAUGAUAAAGAUGCUGUGACAGAAAACGAACCUGUGAAAGCCGUCAGAGCCGGUGGCAAUGCGGUGGAGCCCCCAGACACCAUGAACACUGGGGGGAAAAGCCAGCGACCCUUCAGCCCCCGAGAGGCCUUGCGGUCUCGAGCGGUCAUCAAGCCCAUCAUCAUCGAUAAGGAUGUGAAGAAAAUCAUGGGCGGAUCAGGAACUGAGGUCCCACUGGAGAAGCCGAAGGCCUCCUCCAAGUCAGGGCCAAACAAAGUGACCAGCAGCAUCACCAUCUACCCCUCGGACAGAGCCGCCCCCGCCGAGGCCCCACGGGAGAGGCACACGUCCACCAGCAACAUCCAGGUCGGGGCCGCAGAGCCGGCAGCUGCGGGCAAUCAUGUCAGCUCCCCCUUUGAGCUCUCCAUCCACAAACACGACAUCACCAUGCAGUUCACAGAUGUGGAGCGCGUAGGAGAUGGGCCCCUGAAAAACAGGCCCGAGACAGUGGUGUCUCGGAGCAGCAUCAUCAUCAAGCCAUCCGACCCUUUAGAGAGGAAUAGCCAUGUGCUCCCAGCGGAGACAAUCAGCCCGAAAAGCAACAGUGCCCCCUCAGAAAUGGGCUCUGCUGAUGCCAGGCACGUUACUGUGCGGAACGCUUGGAAGAGUCGGCGGGACUUGAACUCUUGCGAAGAGUCCCCAGCUCGGAUAGGGAAGAAUGUGGAGCCUACCAAUGCCUACACUCAGAGAGCUGCCACAGACUACUCAGACCUCGAACAGUCCAGGUCCUGCCUUUAUGAACAGGGCACUCGAAGGGUAGGAAACUCUGGAGAUGCCCCCGAGCUGUCCUCCAGAAGGACCCAAAGUAGCCUCACCGUGGGUGAGGUGCUCACGCGUCGGAAUCGGGUGGGAGAGACGUCCACGGCUGCAGCCUGGAACCACUCAGCCGGCCUGGAGGAAGGUGAGGAUUGCGCACUAAGUGUCUACAAGCGACUGCACAACUCCCUGGAACGGUCUGAACUGCCCGCCAAGCAGGGGCUGCCAGAGCUCGGGCGAGUACGGGCCGAGGAACGGUUACGGCCCAGCAGGCCCUGUGCUGAGGAAAACUGAGCCAGCUGGUGAGAACUUCAUCUCCUCUGCUCCUGUUUCUCAGCUCUUCCACCUUCCUGCCCUGUGACGGAUCCCGAGCCAAUUAACCAGGCUAGACUCCAGGCCUUGGCUGAGACUGGCAGAAAGCCAGGCUGUGGCUCAGGGCAUUUUGCCUGUUGGCUGGAUGGGAUCAGAGACUACAAGUUGGACUGUCACCUAUACCCAGCCCUCCGUGACGCAUGAGUCCUCUCCUUGUCCCUUUACCCCAGGUAGGAUGGACCAUUCUGGCCCCCAAGCGGGGAAAGAUAUACAAACCCUUUGUUUGUAUCCUCACCCCAUAGCAGCAGCUGAAAGCUCUUCUCUGCUCCUUGGUGGGUGAUCAUAGGGCAACCCCUUCUCUCGGUCCAUGUUCUGACUUGUCUUCUCAUUGCAUCCAAUUCUCUUUGUUUGUCCUAAGGCUACAUACCAAGACCAAACCAUCAGCUCCAUCUAGGGGGCUUUCGUUCCUUUUCCCUUUAGAGUUGAGAGGUCUGUGCUGCCUCUAAGAGACAUUAUAGGAUUCCCCUUUAAGUUGAUGUUUCUCUGACCUGGCCCCUUACCUAACCAUUGUUUCCUGGGGGCAGAGCACACGGGUACCCAUCUGUUGGAAUGACAUCCCUCCUCCUGCCCCGGCGCUCUGCUCAUUUUCCAAAGGCACCUGCAAGUGCACAAGCCUCAUGCAUUGUUCUCUGGGCACCAAUAAUGCUGCUCCUCUCCUGUGGCUGGAGACUUCAGGCUGACUUCAUUGUUUCCACCUUAGGAAUAUCUCCAGACUAAACUGGGCCUGACCCAGAAUUCUUUGCCUUCUAAGAAGUGCCCAGCAAAGGGAAAAGCAGACAAGAAGAAGCAAUUUCCCUUUAGUCACUCCACAAAGCAAUAGCUCCAUGAAAGGCAUGGACUUUGUUCCUCCUCACCCCUGUGGAGGAGGCCUCGCACUUUACUGAGCUGAUGCAUUCCUAUGGAAGUGGGUCCAUGAUUUCUGCCAAGGCUGUCAGUAAAACGACUUCAUUGGAGAAAAGGUGAUACAUGUUCAUCUGGGGCUGCAGGCACGUAUCUACUUCCAAACACAACAGAUGUUUUAGGAGGCCACAUAAAUAAAAAUUGUUUAGUUUCCUUAUACUAGUCACAAGAAAAAAAGAACUUAUCUUUUUGGCACAGUUUUUUUCUAUGGCAUUUUCUCAGUUCAAAGGGAUGUGCUUCCAAGGGUUAACUUUAGGAAGCAGCUACGCUUGCCUACAAAGAUCUCACCAAUAUAUUGAGAACAUUUAGGUGUUGAGAUAACUGAAUUGUUCACUUUCUUGUUGCAUGAAUUUCCUUCCCUAUAAAAUGAGGUCUUUGAAAUGGUCUCUCUGGGCCCUAAAUCUGGCGUCCUAGGGUUCUCCUGUCCUUAGUACUCUUGCUUUUAGAAGGGUGUCAGCUACAUGGGUUUGGGGAAUUUGUUUUCUGUCCUGCCUUUAUUUCGGCGGUCCCUUUUCAGGCUCCCCAAGUUUCAUUGUCAUGAAGUCAGAGAAUCUCCCUUGGCCUUCAUUUCCCAAUCUAUAAUAUAUAAAGGAGUUAGAUUAGAUGACGUCUACUGCUCGUUACCAACCUUGCUCAAUGCCACACAGAAUGUUUCUCCUAACAUGAGCUGGUUUCUCUCUGGCUUUUGCGCUGCCUGAGCCAUCUUUCCUACUGCUGCGUAGGAUGGGAACCAGCAUUCAUCCUGUCUGCAUCAGACUUGGGAGUCCUGGGCACACCGACCUUAUUUUGAUGAAAAGGCAUGUUUUGUCUUAAUUUCUAAUUCCAUACUUGGAAUUUAAUCAACCUAAGAGCAUUACCAUAUGGCUUGCCUUCCCUCUCCAAAUCCCUGCCUCCAAUAUUCAACUUAAGUGGAAUUAAAAAAAAUUUUUUGGGUUUAUGAUUAUUUCCAUUUUUACUGAGAAGCGGUUUUAAAAAAUCUCUUCCUUCAGUCAGCUUCUCCAGGCCAGCUUGCUCGAGGCUGCAGUUCCCUCACUCGUAGCCUCCCUGUCAUUCUUCAACAGGUUGCCAAUCCUGAGUGUCCAAAGGAAACUGACCUCUGUGUGGUCAACUGAGGGCAUAGGAAACAAUCUGUGGCUCUUCUUUGCUGAUGGAAACAGAAGGGCACUAUGCCAUGCCUACAAAGAUCUCACCAAUAAUAUUUGGGCCUUAGAGCCCUGGAUUCUGGUGCUGUAGCUUCUGGUGCCAAAGUCUGGAUUUUUUUCCCUUUCCAGUAGCACUAACAAUCCACUCCCCAAGAUGCUCUAUGGAAGAGACACGGCUGUGGUACCCUCCUGCUGGGACUAUGUUAAAAAUCUGAGUGCAAUAGGUUUGAUUUUAAAUGCUGUUCCUUAAUCUGCAUGUUUUCUAGAACUGCUCUACAAUUUUAUUUUGAAACAACCCUCAGCAUUGCAGGAAGUGCCACUUGUGAGUUAAGGGUGGAGGCUCAGUUGCCCUGGCCUUCAAUGGCUGGCUCAGCUGGCUCUCCAAUUCCAAAGUUAGAAGACAUUUUUCUGAAGAUCCAUUGAGGUGACCCAGGCCUCACCAUGAGGGGUGGGGGGU